AACGAGUGAUCUCCCUUGGCGUCGUACGCGGGGACCCCUACGACGGCAUCAGGCGAGGGACGAUCAGGCGAUCCGCGGUGACAAAGGCAAAAUGGCUGUGAAAAACGCUACCCACCCGUACUAUCCACGUUCUCUGGUAAUACCUCAUUACAAACCAAACGACAAAAAUGCAUUUGAGCUCGUGGGCGUUUUUUUUGGAAUCGUCGGCGUUUUCAUUGUGGCGACAUGGUGGGUGUCGGGCCGAGUGAAACCGCGGUUGUCACUGCCGCGACGGAUUGUUAUAUGCUGGUUUGUUUCGUGUGGUCUUAUUCAUGGCAUACUGGAAGGAUAUUUCAGCUUUUUUCAUGCAACCCUCGUUGGAGAAAUGGAUUUCUUGGCACAAAUGUGGAAGGAGUAUGGGAGGGGAGACAGCCGUUAUAUCAGCUCCGACACAUUCACAGUCUGCAUGGAGAGAAUAACAGCUAUGGUGGAUGGGCCCUUGGCAUUCCUAGCAGCACUUUCCUUUUUGCAGCAUGGUUCUUAUCGUUAUGUUCUGCAGCUGCUUCUUUCUCUUUUCCAGCUAUACGGAGAUGUUCUUUAUUUUCUGACGGAAAUAUUUGAAGGCUUUAGUCAUGGAGAAUACCUACAUCCUCAGUACUUCUGGUUCUAUUUUGUUUUCCUUAACAGCAUCUGGAUUGUAGUUCCUCUCAGCUUGAUAUUUGAUUCUUGCUUUCAACUUGCCAAGUGUCAAGAAAAGUAUGAUUCAGAGUCUAAACAGAAUAAGAAUAAAAAAUUAAAAUAACUUAAGCUUUGUACUUUUGGCACUUGUUUAUUGCCAAGACCUAAACAAGCUCACUUGUAUAUCUUAUUAGUCAACACAAAUAGGUGCUACAGGCUCUUUAGGUAGUGGAAAGGGAAUAAGUUGCAUAGGUGACCCAUUCUUUUGAGAACUUUAUGUAGAUACAGCACUUAUUUCUUAUUAAGCACUUUCUUUCACCAUGAUGGUAGUGAUUAAAAUCCUUUAACAAAAAUAUCCAAAGCAUUUGUGCUAUAUAAUGACAAUCAUAGAAGUUGUGCCUGUGUUAUUGUUCAUUCAUUUAUUGCCAAAUCUUUAAUAUACUUCAAAUGUAUUAACAAUAACUUGAAUUAUGAUUUUGCGUAGUAUUUUUCCAUGUUUUAAAAAAUAAUUUAUGUGCAGUGAACUUUCAGUAUAUUUUGACUUACUGAUUACACAACAGGGUCUUUAUUUUUUUAUAUUUAAAAUUUUUGGUUUACAUUGUAACAAGAUUUACCUUUUCUAAAAGAAUACAGUUUUGUUUUAAUGUGAUUUUUUUUUAACAGAAUGUGUUCUUAGUUUUUGUAUAUUCUACUAAAAAUGUUUACAAAUUGUUAGUAACAUAGUGGUAAUUAACAAAGCAGCAUUUUUUUAUUUGAAACUUGUGGAAAGACAUAUUUAAUAAGAUUAAAAACAAUGUUCCAAUGGUC